AUGUCCGUGCUACGACAGUUCGCAGCCACCGUCAUAGUGGACGUGUCGUGCUGCAUGCUGUUCGGGGUGGUGGCCGGGUGGACGUCGUCGGCGCUGCCGCUGCUGCAGUCGGACGCCUCCCCGCUGGGGGUGCCGCUGACGGUGGAGGAGGGCUCGUGGGUGGGCGCCGUCAGCACGCUGACGGGCACCGUGGGCACGCCGCUGUUCGGGCUCUGCGUGGCGCGCUACGGCUGCAAGCCGUCCGCCUUCCUCGCCGCCGCCCUCAUGCUCGGCAGCUGGGUGCUCAUCCUGGUGGGCCAGCACGUGGCCGUGCUGAUCGUGUCUCGGGCGCUGGCGGGCGUGAGCGGCGCGGGCGGCUUCGUCGUCUGCGGCGCCUACGUGCGUGACAUCUCGGAGGACGCAGUCCGCGGGUCGCUCUGCUCCUUCCUCGUCAUCGCCUACAUAAUCGGCCUCCUCUGCAGCUACGCGCUGCCCCUGGCGCUGUCUUACACGAUGACGGCGGUGGUGUCUCUGGUGCUGUCCGCCGCCUCCCUGGCGGGCCUCUUCUGGUUGCCGGACACGCCCUGGUACUACUUCAGCAAGGGCCGCCCCGACGAAGCCAAGGCCUCUCUGCGCUGGUUCAGGGUCGGCAAGACCGAGGAGGAACUGGAGACGGAGUUCGCAAUGAGGCAGGCGGCGGUCGAAAAGAAGCGGCUGGAAGACGCCGAGCGGCACGUGUCGCUGCGCGACCUGUUCGCCACCAAGGCCAACCGGCGCGCCUUCGCCAUUGGGAUGGUGGUGUGCGCCAACCAGCAGCUGAGCGGCAUCAUCGCGGUGGUGUCGUACGCCGAGGGCAUCUUCUCGGCGGCGGGCGGCGCCAUCGACCCCGCGCUCAGCGCCGUCGUGGUGGGCGCCUCCCUGCUGGGCGGCGUCGCCGUCUCCACGCUGCUGACGGACCGCGCGGGCCGCCGCGCGCUGCUGUUGCUUAGCAACGCGGGCAUCGCCGUCUCGACGGCGGCGCUGGGCGCCCACUUCUACGUGACGCGCGCCGGCGGCUGGUCGCCCGGCUGGCUGCCCAUCGCCUCCCUGUGCGUCUUCGUCGUGACCGUCUCGCUGGGCGUCUACCCGGUGCCCUACGUCGUGCUCGCCGAGAUCUUCUCGCAGCGCAUCCGCGAACUGGCCACCUCGCUCGGGCUGACGCUGCUGUGGGGCGUGUGCUUCCUGGUCGCCAAGCUCUACCCGUCUGUGGCCGCUGCCUGGGGCGACCACGUCUGCUACUGGUUCUUCUGCGCCAGCUGCGUCGCCUGCGGGCUCUUCAUCGCGCUGGUGAUGCCCGAAACCAAGGGCCGCUCGCUCGAGGACAUCCAGAACGACCUCGCGGCCGGCAGGCUCUGCGGCAGGAGGGCCAAGACCGAGGAGGCGAUCUUCAGCUCGUCCAGAUGGCUCACGCUCAGCGGCCAGAAUCUCAGCGUCAACAAUCAGAAGAAAGAGAUCGUCUGGUGACCGUCUCCAUCCGUAAGGGGCGUGCCAUGACCUCGCGCCAUCGGAUCCGAAUCUUGAUCCGUCCAUGUGAUUC